AUGACGAUAGAUGACACGAGCAGGCGGUUUGAAGAGGAUGAUGCUUCGGCGCCUGUGUUUGACAAGGUGUACCAGAAUUACAUGAUGCCGGGGCUGGAGUUGUAUGAUGCGCGGGUGACGAUAAACCACUGGCAGCUGCGAGACUGUAUCAAGCCGUCCUCGGGAAACCACAGCAAGCUGUACUACAUAUACGACCACUCGAUCCGUGUUCUGGACACUGAUCUGGAAGGGCUGCGGAGUUACCGGUCGCACAGGAUGUCUGAGAGCCAUGUCUCAGGGUCAGAAGGGGAGAAGAGGCGGCUGUCGUCCAAGCUGAAGAAGGAUGUCGUGUCGUAUAGGAACAGGGACAUGCUGAAGGGAAACCUGAACGUGCCUUCAGAGAAGCUAGUCGAGUUUUAUUUCAAACCGCGUUGCUUCACAGAGCUUAACGGGCUAACUGCUUGUGGUGGUCUUGUGGGUUCGGAUGACAGAGGGUUCCCAACCAACUGGAACAGACUGAAUCAUAAUGCCGGUGCUACGAGUCCGCCCACAGACAGAAACGCCACCUCUGUGGCUGGGAGUAACAUAAAUACACAGAACACCACAGACUCCUCACCUCCAGCUCAGCCUAUCAAAUUGGCUAGGCGAGAUGUGCUCUUGGAUCGCAGCAAUUACAGCAACCCAAAUAUUUGGAAAGGUAUAUUAUCAUUGUACAACCAAAACACUAACGUUUCCAUGACUUUCGUACUGGGCCAAUUCAUCAACAACUGUGUGACUUUAAAUGAUAGAUCGAACAACCAGUAUGACCUUUACACUUGCAACAACGACGGCCACAUGUACCAAUGUGAUAUCAGCAACAGAGACGUUCAGCUUGUAAGAAGAUUCUCUGAUUUGAAGUUUCCUUUGAAUAAUGCGGCUUUAUCGCAUGAUUCAAAGACUAUGAUUGUUUCCGGUGACUCAAACAAAUUUGCCAUUUACAGACAAGAGAACCUAUCAGAACAGUUCACCUUAAAUUACGACAACCAAGCACAAUGGGGUAACUCUCACUCCAAGAUCAAAAGAAUUCACAGAUACUCUUCUGGAGACAACACCGGUUACAUCGAUAAUAUAUUCGAAGCUCCAAACGGAGACCACGGCUUUUACAACUCGUUCUCUGAAAAUGACUUGCAAUUUGCAACGUUGUUCCAGAACGGGGUGUGUCUGAUAUAUGAUGUUAGAAGACUAGAUUCCCCGCUAGCUGAGAUAAGUUCCACAAGACCGCACUCACAUAAUGGUGCAUUCAGGGUCUGCAGAUUUAGUUACGGCUUGGAUGACCUAUUAUUCAUUUCUGAGCAUCAGGGUAGAGUUCACGUUGUCGACACAAGAAAUUUUGUCAAUCAUCAAAUAAUCCUAAUACCAGAUAAAGUUACACCACCAAUGGAUACCGAGGACCAGAACACUUAUAAUACAACACAAAGUACACAACAACAAGCAGCAGACUACCAAAGCUCAGUUUCAAACUAUAUGUCUACCUAUAAUAAUGCUAGGAGAAGAUAUUCUUUCCCUUCAGUUGGAGUGAAAAAUUGGGAACCAUGGAUUACACCUGCAAAUUAUAUUCCAUUACAAUACUUAGAACCCAAGAUUUUACCUUUCCCUAAAGUUAUUGAUAAACUAACUAAUGAGAGCAUUAUUAGUCAUUAUAAUUCUUCGCAAUAUGGCUCAUCUCGCCAAAAUUCGGGAUCUUAUUACGCCGCAUCUACAGAUAGUGAUAAUAGGGUGUCUAAGCGCAGAGAUGCAAGAAACUCUUUCAGGAUCAGACGUGUAUCAACAUCAUCUAAGCGAACUAUCCCUCAAGAAGGAAACAACAGUGGUUUACUAAGAGCUCAGAAUCAGCAAACCAACCAGCAACAAGAGCUACAUACCAGUUCUGGAUCUUCAAAUGGUAAUACAGUAUUCGACGACGACGAUAUAUAUGAUGCAUAUCAGGACGUCAAUACAAAUGAAAAUAUGUACCCUCUCAGCGGUAGAUUCGAACCCACUAUUAAUGAAAUUAGUGGCAGAUACAACCCCGUUAAUAACACUGUAGUUGAUUAUUCAAGUACAGAUUUCACAGAAGAAAACAAUAUUUCAGGUAUCGACUGGGUUGAGGAUCGUAACGGAAGCUCUUUGAUCAUCGGCACAGACUAUGGUAUCAUGAGAUGGAAUAUCAAUUCAUGGGCUAGGAGAAGCUUUUCAAGCUAUGAUUUCUGCUGA